UACAACCCUCACUCCCAUUAUUCUCUUUCCUUCUCACAAUGGUUAACUUGAUAGCCUCUCACACUGUCAAGCCAGCAAGGCCAAUCUCCACGAAAGUAAUGUAUUUAUCUGAGUGUGAUCAAUGUAAACCCUUGACUCAUGCAACCACCGUCCACUUUUACAAGCCAGAAAAUCCAGAAUUGCUAAAAGAUGCCACUAGGGUUUUGAAAGACUCAUUAAGCGAAGCCUUGGCAGCUUUUUAUCCUCUUGCUGGACGUUUAUACCAGAAAGAUGGAGGCCGAGUUGAGCUGCGUUGCAAUUCCAUGGGUGCUUUACUUCUUGAAGCUCAAUCAGAACUCAAAAUCGAGGAUUUUGGAGACUUUUGCCCAACUCCACAAAUCCGUGCCCUGAUCCCACCUAUAGAUUACAAUAAUACUCCCCUUCAUGAGGUACCGCUCCUUCUAGUGCAAAUCACAAAGUUUGCCUGUGGUGGUGUUUCUUUAGGCUCGGCCGUGUCACACGUCAUUGUGGACGGUCAAAGCGCGUGUCAUUUUGUUGCCGAAUGGGCAAAGAUUGCACGCGGUGAAAAAUCUGAUGAUCAACCAUACCUAGAUCGUACAAUUCUUCAACAAUAUGAAGAGUGCCCAUCGUCAAUAGCUCCAAAAUUACAAUACCCAGACUUUUACCCACUGCCCGUCCUGAUAGGCCAGUCUAGCAGCUUAGAAGAGCGUAAAAAGGCUACUACCUGUGCCAUGUUUCAGUUAAGUAAAGAACAAAUUGAGCAGCUCAAGAACAACGUCAACAACCACCACGAUUUGGUUCACAAAACUAGCAAUCACCCCCCAUUUAGCCGGUUUGUAGCUGUAUCUGCGCAUAUAUGGAAGUGCUUAUCCAAGGCCCGUAUGCACAGCCCCGACCAAGAAACGGUUCUAUAUGUGACUGUGGAUUUUCGCAGUCGGCUUAAACCACCCUUGCCCGGAAGGUAUUUUGGAAAUGCUGUCUUACCUGUACCAGCAAGAGCCAUUGCAGGUGAUCUCCAAUCGAGGCCACCAAGCUAUGCUUCAAGCAAAAUUAAGGAAGCAAUAGACAAGGUUACAGAUGAGUAUGUAAGGUCAUAUCUUGUUUGUAUGAAGGACAUGCCCGAGGUAUCUAGCAGUCGACAUUUUCACACUGUUGGUUGUGCACAGGGGUUGUUCUUUGGAAAUCCCAAUUUGCUUAUUACUAGUUGGGUUGGGCUGGACGUGUACAAAGUCAAUUUUGGGUGGGGAGAAGCAAUUUCCAUGACCCCUGGGUCAUUAGGUUAUGAUGGAAGACUCUUCCUUAUUCCUGGUCCUAAUGGGGAUGGAUCGUUGAUUAUCCCACUGCGCCUGCAAGUAGAACAUAUUAAUGCUUUUAAGAAAUAUUUCUACGAAGAUAUAUAAUGCUGCAGACUUACAAGGGAACCAACGAAUUGGCAGCUGCUGGAGAACAGUUUGAAGAGCUAUUAUUGCAGGCAAACGCGACGUGGAUCUUUUCAGAUAUGGAAGAUGGAGUAGACGGAAUAAAAUAUUUGUCUCUUAAGGUAGUAGCAAAUAAGGAGACUUUUACUCCCUGUGAUAGCUAGUAUGACCUUUACGAUGUCCCUGGUCCGUGUUACACGUGACGGUUUCCUGUGCUGCUGACAUAUAUACAUUUAGUUUUCCAUGGCACGUGUUCAUGGUAUCAUGAUAUGGCACUACUUUAUGUAAGAUGGAAAAAUGCAUUU